UAACUCAGCUUCUGUUCUGCAUCACGUGAUACAAAAGAGGAAACAAAGCUCCUAUAAAGAGGGUGAGCUGGGGGAGAGGAAUUAUCCAUAAGCAGCAUACAGUACAUAGCCAGCAGAGGAGCAGACAGCAGCACACGCACACAGUCAGCAGAGGAGCAUACAGUGCACAACCAGCAGAGGAGCACACAGUCAGCAGAGGAGCAUACAGUGCACAGCCAGCAGAGGAGCGCACAGUCAGCAGAGGAGCACACAGUCAGCAGAGGAGCAUACAGUGCACAGCCAGCAGAGGAGCACACAGUCAUCAGAGGAGCAUACAGUGCACAGCCAGCAGAGGAGCACACAGUCAGCAGAGAAGCAUACAGUGCACAGCCAGCAGAGGAGCAGUCAGCCUGCAGCACACAGCCAGCAGAGAGUGCCAGUAAUGGAGACCCACAGCCACAAACAACAGACCCAUGCAAGUGCCCUUGGCGACUUGUCUGAAGCAUUAAAAGAGGCAACCAAGGAUGUCCAUGUUCAGGCAGAAAACACAGAGUUCAUGAGAAACUUUCAGAAGGGACAAGUGUCACUCAGAGAGUUUAAGCUGGUCAUGUCCUCACUGUACUUUAUCUAUGAUGCUCUGGAGGAAGAGAUUGAAAGGAAUAAGGAGAAUCCUGUGUAUUCCCCAGUUUAUUUCCCUUUGGAAUUGCAUCGGAAGGAAGCCCUGGAACAAGACCUUAAGUAUUUCUAUGGGCUGCAGUGGAGAGAGAGAAUCCUGUGCCCUAAAUCGACCAAGGAUUAUGUGGACAGGCUUCACUACAUUGGGCAAAAUGAGCCAGAGCUGUUGGUAGCGCACGCUUACACAAGGUAUUUAGGAGACCUCUCAGGUGGACAGGUUUUAAAGAAGAUCGCUCAGAAAGCCCUACAGCUUCCAGCCACUGGUGAGGGGUUGGCAUUCUUUGCCUUUGACAAUGUCACCAGUGCAACAAAGUUCAAACAACUCUACCGCUCCAGAAUGAACUCAAUAGAAAUAGACAGUGCAACUAAAGAGAAGAUAUUGGAAGAAGCUAAGAAAUCUUUCCUACUCAAUGUCAAGGUAUUUGAAGAGUUACAGACGUUGUCAACAGAGUCAAAUCAUAAUAAUCAUCUAAAGAAUGAGGUGCCGACAAUAAGAAACAGGAUGCCUAACAUGGCCAAUGGUCUUUACUCCACAACUGAGAGCAAUGGGAGGAGUGUCACUCAGCAGGGCCAGUCACUGCCAUAUCUUCGCUGGAUUCUUGUUGUUGGUUGUACUCUAGUGGCCCUUAUGGGGCUGUAUAACUUAUAAACACGAUGGAGCAAAUUAUCACCAAAUGGAGCACUUUAUAUGAGUUGUUAAGGCAUCUAAGCAUCCAAGAAAUACAGGAAAAUACUGACUGGAUACUAAGCUGCUCUAACCGACACUGUAGCAUUAUCAUGUGACAGUAUUAUCACGGCUAAACCCUGCGCAUCUGACGUUUUACACUAACCCUACAAUUAUACUCUUCUUAACGGUUUUAGAAGAGGACAGUUAUCAAAAGUCUACAGCAACAAAUGCCUGAUGUAAUAAGCCUUUAUGUAAUGAAAUUAAACAUGUAAAGAUCUUUACAUGCACAGUAUAUGUAACUAGCCUCACACCCAGACAUCUGCUAAUUAAUAACCAGACUACAUACAUCUUAUAUAAGAAGGUGAUUGAAAACAACUUGCCUAUGGCACAAGGCAGGAGGAAUAGGGUGUUAAUGAGACACCUUUACUGUAAGGAUACAUUGUUUCACUUCUGCCCAGAUUUAAAUGUCUGAAGCCAAUUACUAGUGGGAUCAAAUGAAUCAGCUAAGCACAAAUUGGCCACAUACAAGAGUUUAAAAUAUCCCAGGAGGUUAUAACGUAGUGGGUCCUAUGCGCCUACACGUGGCCAUACAGACACAGGGCCCUUCCAAGGACCUUACAGUAACUAAAGGACCCAAUCAGAGAAAAUAUUUGUGUUAAAUCACACUAAUGCAUUUAUUAGGUAAACAGCUGCAAGCUGCGUAGUCUUAUACUGUACAUGUUCCUUUAAGUGGCGCUACGCACAUUAAUCCAGUAUAUGUAUUACUGUAUACAAGAUCCUGUACAUAAUGAUGAAUGCUUUGCGUUAUUUGUAUACAUUGUAUGAUUUGUUUUUUACAUUUUAUAAUAAAGCUGAACCUACUUACAACAUA